AUGGCCUCUGUUCUUCGCUGCGGCUCGAAGCUGCGUACUGUCGCGCGUAUUCCCGUGCAUCGAACCCUCUCCACCACCGCCCGACUCGCUGCGACCGAGAAGCCCUUCUUCCCCGACGAGCCUGCUGCUCCCAUUGUCUCGACGCCCAUCCCCGGACCCAAGAACAAGGCUGCCGCGGCCGAGCUUGACGAGGUCUUCGAUGUGCGAUCACUGAACAUGCUCGCUGACUACUACAAGUCUGUCGGCAACUACAUCUCUGAUCUUGAUGGCAACCAACUUCUCGAUGUCUACGCCCAGAUUGCCUCCAUUCCUGUUGGCUACAACAACCCCCACCUGAGGAAAAUCUCCCAGUCCGACGAGAUGAUCACCUCUUUGAUCAACCGCCCGGCCCUGGGCAACUUCCCGUCCUCCGACUGGUCUCAUAUCCUGAAGACCGGUAUUCUUCGUGCCGCUCCCAAGGGCCUGGACCAGGUGUUCACCGCCAUGGCGGGCUCGGACGCCAACGAGACUGCAUACAAGGCAGCCUUUAUGUACUACCGCCAACUCCAGCGCGGUGGUCCCGAUGUUGAGUUCACCGCAGAGGAGAUCGAGUCUUCUAUGAACAACCAGGGUCCGGGAUCCCCUCAGCUGUCCAUCCUGUCAUUCAAGUCCGCCUUCCACGGCCGUCUCUUCGGAUCCCUGUCUACCACCCGGUCCAAGCCUAUUCACAAGAUGGAUAUUCCCGCCUUCGACUGGCCCCAGGCGACUUUCCCCCAGCUGAAGUAUCCUCUCGAGGACCACGUUCAGGAGAACGCCGCCGAGGAGAAGCGCUGCCUGGAGGAGGUUGAGCGCCUGAUCCAGGAAUACCACAACCCCGUGGCUGCUGUUAUGGUCGAACCCAUUCAGUCCGAGGGUGGAGACAACCACGCCUCGCCCGCUUUCUUCCAGGGUCUGCGCGACAUCACCAAGCGCAACAAAGUGCUCUUCAUCGUCGAUGAGGUGCAGACUGGUGUCGGUGCCACCGGCAAGUUCUGGGCCCACGACCACUGGAACCUGUCCACCCCCCCUGACAUGGUGACCUUCUCCAAGAAGGCUCAGACUGCUGGAUACUACUUCGGUAAUCCAGCUCUUCGCCCCAACAAGCCCUACCGUCAGUUCAACACUUGGAUGGGUGACCCAUCCCGUGCUCUGAUCUUCCGCGGCAUCAUCGAGGAGAUUGAGCGCCAUGACCUGGUUGAGAACACCCGCACCACUGGUGACUACUUGUACGCUGGCUUGGAGCGUCUGGCUCAGAAGUAUCCUGAGCACUUCCAGAACCUCCGCGGCAAGAACCAGGGCACCUUCAUCGCGUGGGACACUCCCAAGCGUGAUCAGUUCCUGGUCAAGGCCAAGUCUGUUGGCGUGAACAUUGGUGGCAGUGGUGCGCAGGCCGUCCGCCUGCGUCCCAUGCUGGUCUUCCAGAAGCACCACGCUGACAUCCUGCUCGAGAGCCUCGAGAAGACCAUCAACCUGCUUUAA